AUAGUGACGUAGGAUGUGUUUGUUAUAGGUAAGAGGGCAAGUGCGUACUAGACAAAAGUACUGAAUUCGAUACUAUACGCUAAUGGCUCUGAAUUGAUACUACCUUAAAAAGAGAGAAUGAGUGGCAAGUGAAGCUUCAAAUGCCUGGCCUGUCACGUAGCACACAUGAGCACCAUAUAUGUCUUGGUAACAACCUUCAUGAAAGAGUGCUGUGAUGGUGCAAUAAAGCCAGGAUUAAAUACACUCUCACAGAGGAAGUGAUGUAUUAUUCCGGAAAAAGGCGAGGAGAAGAUGGAAUUGCUGCUGUCAUUGACUUCCUGUUGUCCAAUGCCCGGCUGGUUCUGGGCGUGGGCGGAGCUGCGGUGCUGGGCAUUGCCACAUUAGCUGUGAAAAGGCUGAUAGAACGUGCCGGAAGGCCUCCUGAUGAGAAGCCUGACAAGGAGAUGACAGACAGCUGGGAAGAGUUAAGCUUGGUUAGUGCCUCCCCCAAACUGCUCCACAAGGGUAUUGAAGGAGUGGUCAUGAAACAGAUUGCAGCCGCAACCAAGAAAGCUGAACUGUCUCAACCCAUUCCCCUACCUUCACCUGAACCCCAGCGGAGUGACGCCGACCCACCUCAGCGGCGGAAACGCUUGGAUCUGUGUGUGAUGACGUUUGCGGAGCGUCUGCAGCAGUACUACAGAACACGAGUGUGUCUGUCGGCGGAGGAGGUGUCUGUCGCACAGCAGCGAGCGUUGGAUAUAGCCACAGAGAUCCAGGCCUUCCUGCACUCCAAACACCCAGACAUGCCGUUGGGAGACAUGAUGUUGGCGGGGUCACUGCUCGACGACCUGCAAGUGGUUAAAGCCGACCAUGCCUGCCUGAUCGUGCCUCUGCAGCUGGAGUCGAGUCUGUGGGCGCCUAUUGCCGGAGAGGACACAUUUUUGGGUCACCCUCAGUACUGCAUGGUGCGGCGUGAGAACCUUGAGUACUUCCCAAGGGGGCGGAGCUACUGGGAUCGACAUUUACUGGGUGGAUACUUGUCGUCACGGCUUGCUUCUGAGCAAUUAGGCAAGGCGGUGAUGGAAUCAAUGAACUGGCCAUCGCUGACCGGAACCCUGGAGUGCGAGGUGCGACCAGUGCUUGGGUCUCCUGAGCUCAAACUGGAGAUUCAAGGAUUAACCCAAAGCAGUGGAGAAAGCUUCUAUAUUACGGUGUUGCCAACAGUGCGCCUUGGUGAGAUGACGCUUACGGCGCAACGGGAGAUCACUGGGUCAUUCGACUACGUCUGGUACCAGAGCCUAUACACCAACGAAACAACUAGACUAGCAGCGCUUGACAAAGCAGACUUGGGAGUCAGAAGGAAGUGCCUGAAAACACUAAAGGCCGUGUGCCGCAACUGCCCUGCACUACGCAAGCUCAACGGCAGCCAUCUUAGCAACGCCGUUCUACACAUGAGUGAAAAGGAAACUGAUUGGUCGGAAUCUGCAUUUGCUGAUAGGUUCCUGCAGGCGAUCACUGAGCUAAUCGGAUACCUGGAGAUCGGAAUCUUGCCUAGUUUCUUCAAACCUAAUGUGAAUCUGUUUCAAGGUUUUACUGAGGAUGACAUUGACGAGAUGGGCUUCAUGCUCUAUUGUGCCGUAACUGAACCUGAGAUACUACUGAUUUGAUUCACUCCUAUACUUGCGCAUAGAGUAUUACAUUUAUAAAAACAUCUAUCUCUAUGGCUACAGGCAUUAAUGCAUCUUUAAACAAAGAAUGUAAUAUUACAUAUUACGUGUCUCUUCACAGUUGUGAAUCUCCACUUAUCUACUUCCUUUUAAAGGGGGUUUUGAAGUGACAUAGGCACCAUUUAUCUAUGCAGCACUUACCUAGUCAGACACUUUGCUUAGAUGUAAAUUUGAGAGAGAAUUUGCAUAAAACGUCUUUACUCUGAGCUUCUGCUAGUGUGUGUGUAUAUGGGUAUUUAGACCAUUUGUCUGUGAUUUUAAGAUGUGUUUUCAUUAUGAGCUCUGCGUUAACCAUGAUUAUAUUUGUUCUAUUUUUCUUUUUGGAGCAGUAAUCAUAGACAGUGUGAAGCUAUGUUGACUUUGAAGAAGCAAUAUUAAGACAAUAAAGCAUUAAUGCAAAGAGAUUUUUAUAUA